AUGAUUAAUCACGACUUUCUCACCAAUAUUAUUUUCUUUUUACUCCUCUUCCCGUUUCCCUAUCUAUCUAUCUAUCUAUCUAUCUAUCUCAGUUUAUUUAUAUGUAUCUAUCUAUCUAUCAAUCAUCUCAGUUUAAUCAUAUCUAUUAAUCUAUCUAUCUAUCUAUCUAUCUAUCUAUCUCAGUUCAUUCAUAUCUAUCUAUCUAUCAGUUUAUUUAUAUGUAUGUAUCUAUCUAUCAAUCAUCUCAGUUUAAUCAUAUCUAUCUAUCUAUCUAUCUCAGUUCAUUCAUAUCUAUCUAUCUAUCUAUCUAUUUCAGUUUAUUCAUAUCUAUCUAUCUAUCUAUCUAUCUCAGUUCAUUCAUAUCUAUCUAUCUAUCUAUCUAUCUAUCUCAGUUCAUUCAUAUCUAUCUAUCUAUCUAUCUAUCUAUCUCAGUUCAUUCAUAUCUAUCUAUCUAUCUAUCUAUCUAUCUCAGUUCAUUCAUAUCUAUCUAUCUAUCUAUCUAUCUAUCUAUCUAUCUAUCUAUCUCAGUUCAUUCAUAUCUAUCUAUCUAUCUAUCUAUCUAUCUAUUUCCCAGAUAAAUGCAGUCAGCAAUACAAUCAUCGAUGA